UGCCAGCAGCGAGGGAGGGAGGGAAAGGGGGAAAAAGUGCUGGGCGCCGAAGGCGAGGUCCGCACUCCUCGUCCCCGCGGCUGGCGCAGGACCUUACUCCAGCUGAGCGCCCACGGGGAGCGGGUCGCGGGGCGGCAGCGGCGAGGAGGCCGAGGGACUAGAAGGAGGAGGACAGGGCGCGCGCGAGCAGCCAGUGAGGGGGUCCCGGCCGUCCCAGGCCAUAGUUGAUCCCCGCGCCGUGGGCGAGCGCGCCCACCGCCCCUUCCAGGACAGCCACCGCCGCGGGGAAGAUCGGGCGGGCGCCGAGCUUCCUAUGACUCCCUGAAGUUGUCGCGCUCCCCUCUGCGUCCGCCACCCGGGCCGUGUCCCUGGUCCCCGUGCAUCGAGUGCGACCCCGCUCCCCGGCCCGCGCACCCCGCUGGCAUGGACGUACACACCCGCUGGAAAGCUGCGCGCCCCGGCGCCCCGCUGCUGUCCCCGCCGCUGCUCCUGUUCCUGCUGCUGCUGUGGGCGCCGCCUCCGAGCCGCGCAGCUCAGCCAACAGAUCUUCUGGAAAUGCUAGAUUUUCACAAUUUGCCCUCAGGGGUAACGAAAACCACAGGUUUCUGUGCCACUCGACGAUCUUCCCAAGGGCCGGAUGUUGCCUACCGAGUCUCUAAAGAUGCGCAACUCAGCAUGCCCACCAAGCAGCUGUACCCUGAGUCCGAUUUUCCUGAAGACUUCUCCAUCCUGACGACCGUGAAAGCCAAGAAAGGCAGCCAGGCCUUCCUGGUCUCCGUUUACAAUGAGCAGGGCAUCCAGCAGGUGGGGCUGGAGCUGGGCCGCUCCCCGGUCUUCCUCUAUGAGGACCACACAGGGAAGCCCGGGCCUGAAGAGUAUCCACUCUUCCCUGGAAUCAACUUGUCAGAUGGCAAGUGGCACCGGAUUGCCAUCAGUGUCCACAGGAAAAAUGUCACCUUGAUCCUGGACUGUAAAAAGAAGAUUAUGAAGUUCCUCAACCGCAGUGACCACCCUAUCAUAGAUGUCAAUGGUAUCAUCAUGUUUGGCUCUCGGAUUCUGGAUGAUGAAAUAUUUGAGGGUGACAUCCAACAGUUGCUCUUUGUUUCUGACCACCGGGCUGCCUAUGAUUACUGUGAGCACUACAGCCCCGACUGUGACACUGCGGUUCCCGACACACCUCAGUCACAGGACCCUAACCCAGAUGAAUACUACCCAGAAGGAGAUGGUGAGACCUAUUACUAUGAGUACCCAUAUUAUGAAGACCCUGAAGACCCGGGGAAGGAGCCUGCCCCCACACAGAAGCCAGUGGAAGCCGCCAGAGAAACCACGGAGGUUCCUGAGGAACAGACCCAGCCUCCACCAGAAGCCCCUACAGUGCCUGACACUGCCGGCAAGGAGGAGGAUCCAGGAAUUGGCGACUAUGACUACUUUCCCACUGACGACUACUACACUCCCUCCCCUUACGAAGACCUUGGCUAUGGAGAGGGUGUAGAGAACCCUGACCAGCCCACCAACCCCGACUCAGGGGCCGAGAUCCCCACCAGCACCAGCGUUACCUCCAACAGUUCCAAUCCAGCUCCAUCUCCAGGGGAAGGGAAGGAUGACCUGGGCGGUGAGUUCACCGAGGAAACCAUCAAGAAUCUAGAUGAAAACUACUAUGACCCAUACUUUGACCCUGACUCCGACUCUAAUGGUUCCCCAUCAGAGAUAGGGCCAGGCAUGCCGGCUAACCAGGAUACCAUCUAUGAGGGGAUUGGAGGACCUCGAGGUGAGAAAGGGCAAAAGGGAGAGCCAGCCAUCAUUGAGCCGGGCAUGCUGAUAGAGGGGCCCCCAGGCCCUGAAGGCCCUGCUGGUCUUCCAGGACCACCAGGAACUACAGGUCCUACUGGCCAAGUGGGCGACCCUGGAGAAAGGGGGCCCCCUGGGCGCCCAGGUCUUCCUGGGGCUGAUGGCUUGCCCGGUCCCCCAGGCACCAUGCUCAUGCUGCCGUUCCGGUUUGGAGGUGGUGGUGAUGCUGGUUCUAAGGGCCCCAUGGUCUCUGCCCAGGAGUCCCAGGCCCAGGCUAUCCUCCAGCAAGCCAGGUUGGCACUGAGGGGACCAGCUGGUCCAAUGGGUCUUACCGGGAGACCGGGCCCCAUGGGUCCCCCUGGGAGCGGAGGCUUGAAGGGUGAGCCAGGAGACAUGGGACCUCAGGGUCCAAGAGGUGUACAAGGUCCACCUGGACCAACAGGGAAGCCUGGAAGACGGGGCCGUGCUGGGAGUGAUGGAGCUAGAGGCAUGCCCGGACAAACAGGCCCCAAGGGUGACCGUGGCUUUGAUGGCCUGGCUGGGUUACCGGGAGAGAAGGGCCACAGGGGUGAUCCUGGUCCUUCUGGCCCGCCUGGACUCCCAGGAGAUGAUGGAGAAAGGGGUGACGAUGGAGAAGUUGGGCCCAGGGGGCUGCCAGGGGAGCCUGGACCGCGUGGUCUGCUUGGGCCAAAAGGGCCACCUGGCCCUCCAGGACCUCCGGGUGUAACUGGUAUGGAUGGCCAGCCCGGCCCGAAAGGAAAUGUGGGCCCCCAGGGAGAGCCUGGGCCCCCCGGACAGCAGGGUAAUCCUGGUGCUCAGGGUCUUCCAGGCCCCCAGGGUGCCAUUGGCCCUCCAGGAGAAAAGGGUCCUUUGGGGAAACCAGGUCUCCCAGGAAUGCCCGGUGCUGAUGGACCCCCGGGGCACCCUGGCAAAGAAGGUCCUCCAGGAGAGAAAGGAGGCCAGGGUCCUCCUGGCCCCCAGGGUCCCAUUGGCUACCCAGGUCCCCGAGGAGUCAAGGGGGCAGAUGGCAUCCGAGGUCUGAAGGGUACCAAAGGCGAGAAGGGUGAAGACGGCUUCCCUGGCUUUAAAGGCGACAUGGGAAUAAAGGGUGACCGGGGGGAGAUCGGCCCACCUGGUCCUCGAGGAGAAGAUGGUCCUGAAGGUCCAAAGGGUCGUGGUGGUCCCAAUGGUGAUCCUGGUCCUCUGGGACCCACUGGGGAGAAGGGAAAGCUCGGAGUACCAGGAUUACCAGGGUACCCAGGAAGACAAGGGCCAAAGGGCUCUAUUGGAUUCCCUGGCUUCCCGGGUGCCAACGGAGAGAAGGGCGGCAGGGGGACCCCUGGAAAGCCAGGACCUCGGGGACAGCGAGGCCCAACGGGUCCAAGGGGCGAAAGAGGCCCGCGGGGCAUCACAGGGAAGCCUGGCCCUAAGGGCAACUCCGGAGGCGAUGGCCCAGCUGGCCCUCCUGGUGAGCGGGGACCCAAUGGACCCCAAGGACCCACAGGCUUCCCCGGACCCAAGGGUCCCCCGGGCCCACCAGGCAAGGAUGGACUCCCGGGGCAUCCUGGGCAGAGAGGCGAGACCGGUUUCCAAGGCAAGACUGGCCCUCCAGGCCCCCCCGGAGUGGUUGGCCCUCAGGGUCCCACAGGAGAAACGGGGCCGAUGGGCGAGCGUGGCCACCCUGGCCCUCCAGGCCCCCCUGGGGAACAGGGCCUCCCAGGUUUACUGGGAAAAGAAGGUACAAAGGGGGACCCAGGCCCUGCUGGCCUCCCUGGAAAGGAUGGCCCUCCAGGAUUGCGUGGAUUCCCUGGGGACCGAGGGCUCCCCGGCCCUGUGGGAGCCCUUGGACUGAAAGGCAGCGAAGGCCCCCCUGGCCCCCCAGGCCCUGCGGGUUCUCCAGGAGAGAGAGGACCAGCUGGUGCAGCAGGGCCCAUCGGAAUUCCAGGGAGACCUGGGCCUCAGGGACCUCCGGGGCCAGCUGGAGAGAAAGGGGUUCCUGGUGAGAAAGGUCCACAAGGCCCAGCUGGCCGAGAUGGCCUCCAAGGUCCUGUGGGGCUCCCUGGUCCAGCGGGCCCCGUGGGUCCUCCUGGAGAAGAUGGAGAUAAGGGAGAGAUCGGGGAGCCAGGCCAGAAAGGAAGCAAGGGGGACAAAGGCGAGCAGGGUCCUCCUGGACCUACAGGUCCUCAAGGCCCCAUUGGACAGCCAGGCCCCUCGGGAGCAGAUGGUGAGCCUGGCCCUCGUGGACAACAAGGCCUGUUUGGGCAGAAGGGAGACGAAGGCUCAAGAGGUUUCCCAGGACCACCAGGGCCAGUGGGAUUACAGGGUUUGCCAGGACCUCCAGGAGAGAAGGGUGAGACCGGAGAUGUGGGCCAGAUGGGACCCCCUGGUCCCCCAGGCCCCCGAGGACCCUCUGGAGCUCCAGGUGCUGAUGGGCCACAGGGUCCCCCUGGAGGAAUCGGCAACCCUGGUGCAGUGGGAGAAAAGGGAGAUCCUGGUGAACCUGGAGAGCCUGGUCUUCCAGGAGAAGGAGGUCCUCUGGGACCUAAAGGAGAAAGAGGGGAGAAGGGAGAGGCUGGCCCCUCUGGUGCUGCUGGACCCCCUGGACCCAAAGGCCCUCCUGGAGAUGAUGGUCCCAAAGGCAGCCCUGGUCCUGUGGGCUUUCCCGGAGACCCUGGUCCCCCUGGAGAGCCAGGCCCCACAGGUCAAGAUGGUCCACCUGGAGAUAAAGGGGAUGAUGGCGAACCUGGACAGACGGGAUCCCCAGGUCCUACUGGUGAACCUGGUCCAUCUGGACCUCCAGGAAAGAGGGGUCCCCCAGGCCCUGCAGGCCCUGAAGGCAGGCAAGGGGAGAAAGGAGCCAAGGGAGAAGCCGGCUUAGAAGGCCCUCCUGGGAAGACUGGCCCUAUUGGCCCCCAAGGGGCCCCUGGGAAGCCUGGCCCUGAUGGUCUUCGAGGGAUCCCUGGUCCUGUGGGUGAGCAAGGCCUCCCAGGAUCCCCAGGCCCUGAUGGUCCACCUGGCCCCCUGGGUCCUCCAGGACUCCCUGGACUCAAAGGAGACUCUGGACCCAAAGGAGAAAAGGGCCAUCCAGGACUCAUUGGACUCAUUGGACCUCCUGGUGAGCAGGGUGAAAAGGGUGACCGAGGACUCCCAGGCCCUCAGGGCUCAUCUGGUCCUAAAGGAGAACAGGGAAUCACUGGUCCUUCUGGCCCACUCGGGCCUCCUGGGCCCCCUGGCUUGCCGGGCCCUCCAGGUCCCAAAGGUGCUAAAGGCUCUUCGGGUCCCACCGGCCCGAAGGGUGAGGCAGGCCACCCAGGACUCCCUGGCCCACCUGGCCCUCCAGGUGAGGUCAUCCAGCCCCUGCCAAUCCAGGCAUCCAGGACUCGGCGGAACAUCGAUGCCAGCCAGCUCCUGGACGAUGGGGCUGGGGAGAGCUAUGUAGACUAUGCAGACGGCAUGGAGGAGAUCUUUGGCUCCCUCAACUCCCUGAAGCAGGAGAUUGAGCAGAUGAAGCGGCCACUGGGCACGCAGCAGAACCCCGCUCGUACCUGCAAGGACCUUCAGCUCUGCCAUCCUGAUUUCCCAGACGGUGAAUACUGGGUCGAUCCCAACCAAGGGUGCUCCAGGGACUCCUUCAAAGUCUACUGCAAUUUCACAGCCGGAGGGUCCACAUGUGUCUUCCCCGACAAGAAGUCUGAGGGGAGUAAAAUGGCCCGCUGGCCCAAAGAGCAGCCUUCCACCUGGUAUAGUCAGUACAAACGGGGUUCCCUGCUCUCCUAUGUGGAUGCUGAAGGCAACCCUGUGGGCGUGGUACAAAUGACCUUCCUGCGGCUGCUGAGUGCCUCUGCCCACCAGAACAUCACCUAUAACUGCUACCAGUCAGUGGCCUGGCAGGAUGCCGCCACAGGCAGCUACGACAAGGCCAUCCGCUUCUUGGGCUCCAACGAUGAGGAGAUGUCUUACGAUAACAACCCCUACAUCCGUGCCCUGGUGGAUGGCUGUGCUACCAAGAAAGGCUACCAGAAAACGGUGCUGGAGAUUGACACACCCAAAGUGGAGCAAGUCCCCAUUGUGGACAUCAUGUUCAACGACUUUGGUGAAGCCUCACAGAAAUUUGGAUUUGAAGUGGGGCCAGCUUGCUUCCUGGGUUAGGAGCUGCUGAGCCCAUUGGUCUCCAGAGCAACCUCGUGACCUCAGCACCCCACUUGUGGGUGUCCUGUGCACGGCCCAUCCUGGACAGUGAACAUUUCUCACCCCUGCCUGCCUGACUCAUCUGUGCCUCGGACCCUCCGUGGCAUUGGACCCCACACCCAGAGAGAACAAAGAGAAAGCCGUGUCCCCACGGAGCCGAAUCACAUGACCUAGCCACACCACAGCCUCUUGCCACACUGCAGGCCCUGGUUCCCAGCUCUCCUGACAGGUUCAUCAAAGGUGUUCAUGGACUGUUAGCCGGGAGUCAGGGUGGGGCAGUAUUUGGAAAUCACUUUUUUAAAAAAAAUUCGACUUGAAGAUAUGUAUUUCUCUUGACCUUCAAAAGAUGUUCUGAGGUGGUCUUGUAAAGGUCGCCAAAGCCUUCUUCUUCUUCUUCUUCUUUUUAAAUAACCCUCAACACAUCCACUCAGAGGCCAAAUGUCAUUCCACACGUGCCUUUCCGAUGGAUUAAAGGUGCUUAUGUUUUUGUGAGAGUUUUAAGUAAAUAUUUGUAUUGUAUUGUUAUAAAUGUUAAA